AUGGAGACGAUUCUGCACUACAUGUACAUGGUUGCAAUCAAGGACACCAAGGCGUGGAAUGGCGAUUCUCUAAUGCAGCUGUGCAUGAUCGGAUUCUGGAACCUCAUCAUCGUUUGGCUCAAGCUAUUGAUUCCAUGGCGCUUCUUCCGAUUGUGGGCAUUGGCGGAUGGGAUGGAGCCGACAGAGAAUAUGAUUCGAUGUAUGGCCAAUAAUUAUACUGUUGCUGGAUUCUGGAGAGGGUGGCAUCGCAGUUAUAACCAAUGGCUGAUUCGGUAUAUAUACGUGCCACUCGGUGGAAGUAGCAAUGUGAUUUUGGCGACGUUGGUGUCGUUUACGUUUGUUGCGCUGUGGCAUGAUCUCCAGCUGAGGCUACUGGUAUGGGGGUGGCUGCUCACUCUGUUCAUCCUCCCUGAGAUGAUUCUCGGAAGGGUUUUUAAUGCAAAACAGUAUGGAGGAUAUUGGUGGUACCGACAUUUGCGUGCGCUGGGCGGCGUCGGAAAUAUCCUCAUGCUCAUGAUAGCCAAUCUGGUCGGGUUCGUUAUGGGUCUAGACGGGGUCCAGUACUUGUUUGGUCAGCUCGUCGGCUCGUGGGACGGUGUCGGGUUUUUACUCGUUGUGGUUGCAUGCUUGUGGAUUGGUGUCCAGUUUAUGCUAGAAUACCGCGAAGAGGAGAGGCGGCGUGGAAUCUAUCGUAAAUGCUAG